AUGACAUUCGACCAGAAGCUAACGUUGUCACUUCAUAUCAAGAAAAUCAAAGGCUCCUGUAUGAAUACCAUGAACAUCCUACGAACAUUGUCUCACCAUCACUGGGGAUGUGACGAAGAAAUACUACUCAAAAUCUACAGAUCACUCAUUCGUUCAAGACUUGACUACGGCAGUAUGCUUUAUUCCACAUCUAGUAAAUCAAAUUUAAAAUUGCUCAACAGCAUACCCAACACUGCUCUGCGCCUCUCCCUUGGAGCAUUCAGAUCCAGCCCAUCAAUAAGUUUACACGUUGAAGCACAAGAACUUCCGCUCAACUUUCGCCGACAGCAAACUCUCCUUACUUACAUAUCCAAAGUGUCUGCUCUUCCGAAUCACCCAGUGCGACACCUGCUUGAAACUUCACAAGAGCCACCUACUAUGAAGCCCAUGACCUUGCUCUCAAUUCCACAAAUUGCAAAGCAAAAUUUGGGGCCUAUAGAUGUUACCUUAACAUCUCCCAUUACGUUUCCGAAACACACCCCAUGGUCUAGACACUACCCAAGACUAAAUACCUCUCUGCAUAGACACAUCAAACUAGAAACUUUGGGAAUAAUUAUUAAGCAACACUUAUUUGAACUAAUUGAGCAUGAAAAGUUUGACGAAGAACUAUACACCGACGCCUCCAAAGACGAGCAGGGAAUAGCAUGCUCGAUCAUCAAUGAAUCGAAUGCCCCAGUGUCCUACAAACUCCCAUCCAUCUGCAGCAUCCACACUGGUGAACUCUUCGCAAUUUAUAAAUCUCUUUGCAGUCCUCUUAUCCCAGGUCAAAAGCUCUCAAUACUCACAGACUCUUUAUCUUCAAUUGAAUCCAUAGACAACAUUUACUCGAAGAACCCUCUGGUACAGCAAAUUCUAGAACGAUGCCAUACCCUUAAAGCGAAGGAGAAUAUUUCCACCACUAUAAUCUGGAUCCCAUCACAUAUUGGUAUAACAGGAAACGAAGCUGCAGAUCAGGCUGCAAAUCAAGCACGAACUUCCGACCUUCCUGUGACCCAAAUCCAACUUCAUACAGACCUCAAAAAUGCCAUAAAGCUGAGAUCCUUACAGGAAUGGCAAGUCCAAUGGGAAGGAGCUAGCACUGGACUACAUAUGAUACAACCCAAAAUACAUAAUCCACCACAAAUUAGUUUGGGCAGAAAAGACAAAACCGUAGUGAGAAGACUUCGAAUAGGCCACACCAAGCUAACCCACAGCUAUCUGAUGUCUUCAGAAAAUCAGCCCACUGAACACUGUCACAAUACCCGUCUAACUGUUGAACACCUACUAUGUAUCUGCCCAUAUUACGGAGAUGACCGACGCCGACUUGGGCUGAGAGAGAAUCUUGGAAAUAUCCUCAAUUCACAAAAACAAAUUGAAUUAGCUCUUAAAUUUCUCAAAAAAUGUCAACUUUACAAUAAUAUAUGA